UGGUGCUCUUUCUUCUCUUUCAGAACCAUGAGCAUACAGCAUACUGAAAAUGUCUCACUGGGUGCUGUGCCUCCUUCUUCUCUGCUGCAUUAUAGGUUGCCGUGCUGUGGAGUGGUCUAUGUCUGUCCCAGCUCAGGUGAAUGGUACUAAGGGACAGAAUGCCAUUCUACCAUGCACUUUUACUCACCCACAACAGCACUUUUUCACAGGGGAGAUUCUUGUAAAAUGGAUAACGGGACAAUUUAAUGGGCAUACCAUUUUCCAGUGCAGUGUGAUGAACAGCACUGAAGGGAGGUAUGAGCAUUGUUCAGACCCCAAGGUGCCAAACCGUUACUCUCUGCAGGGGAACCCACAAGACAGGAACCUGUCGCUCCUCAUACGGGGGCUGGAGCUCACUGAUGUCAAAAGGUACUAUUGUAGAGUGGAGCUGGACAAGAGUAGAAGAGCCAUGUACCAGAACAGAACAGGAACCUGGCUCCAAAUCUCUGCUCUGCCUGAGAUCCUCAACCUCACCCUGGUGCCAGGACCUCCACCCAGCAAUGUCAGCCUGGAAUGUGUGGCUGAAGGGAGCCCACGCCCUAACCUAAUCUACCACUCUCCAGCAGGCCUGGCGAUACCGGGCUUGAUACCUGUUUCAUCAGAUACCAAUCCCUUCCGGAUCGUGGUUCGCAUCCCUUUCACUUCACGUGACACGUAUGUGUGCCGAGCCACAAACCAGCUUGGCACAGCGGAGCGGGUCUUCUCCGUGCAUCAGGGGCCGUCAGCCCUUACCUUGGCCCUGUGCAUCCCUGGUGCCAUGCUCCUACUGGGUCUGAUGCUCUUCGCGCUUUGGCUCAAGCAGAGAGGAACUGUACCAACCUGCAGCUUUGGACACAGUAAAAAUUUGUUCUUUAGGAACAAGCAUAAAGAGGAAGCUCACAGUCAACCACCCGAAGGAACUGUACCAACCUGCAGCUUUGGACACAGUAAAAAUUUGUUCUUUAGGAACAAGCAUAAAGAGGAAGCUCACAGUCAACCACCCGAAGGAACUGUACCAACCUGCAGCUUUGGACACAGUAAAAAUUUGUUCUUUAGGAACAAGCAUAAAGAGGAAGCUCACAGUCAACCACCCGAAGGAGAUGAUACAGGGAUAGUAUAUGCUGAAAUUAAUUUGAAGAACAUCACAAAUGAUCUGGUGCUGCCUACGAUUAAAGAUCAAGACAAAGAUGUCUGCUAUGCUGAAGUGGUAUUCAGUUGAAAUGCUGCCUCUUUGAAGAAGAGCUGAAUCCAACUGUCUCGGCUCUGACUCUAUACUAUGAGAUUUCAUGUGGGUAGCAGUGUGUUGUGAUGGAAAGAGAACGUCAGGGCCUUAAUUUGAGAAUACUAAUGCAGAUAGCAAAUGCAGUGUGCAAGUUCUGGUAUGAAUACAUAUGAUGUGUGUCCAUCAAAUGCUAUUCUAAUGAUGCAAUAUACAAAAUGUACAUGGCACAUGUUGCAGCUAGGUAGGGUUUUGAUGUGUAAUGAGAUGAAAGUGUGAUGUAAGAACACAUAUGCAGUAGGAUCUAUGUGUGAAUGUCUGCAAUACAUUAAAGUUUAUUUUAUAACUGCACCAUAUAAAUGUCCAUGGUAAGCCAGUGCAUGAUUGUUUUUUUCUUCAAGAACAGGCUUCUGCUGGUGUAUUGUUCAGACCACUUACAUCUGUUAAAACCACACUGCACCCAGUGCCUAUUCCACCCAACCUGCUUAAAAAGUGCAAAUGUCAUUUUGUAAAUAACUAGGUAAAGAAAGUAUUGCAUUGGUAAAUUCAUUUUAUUUUUGACCUGCUAGGCUAUUAGGCAGUACCUGAAGCUGACCAUUGUAUUGCAAUUUCGGACACAGACAUUUUUUCUGUUCAAUUAAAAAUGGCACCAUUUA